CCUUGGGCUCGCAAGAUGGCGGACACAAUGAGCAGGAGCCGCCUCCUCUCCGCAGCCUGAGCCAAGGCCGCCGGAGGGCGCAGUCGGUCAGCUCACUCGCCCGCCAUUCCCGCUUCCUCCACAUCCCGGCAGGCCUUUCCCGCCUUCCCUCUCCCUUCCCGGCGUGCAGGCGCCGCCCGCCUCCCUCUUCCCCGGCAGUGGCGGCGGCUGAGGCGACAUGAAGCUGACGGACAACGUGCUGCGGGACUUCCGCGUGGCCAAGGUCUUCCGCGAGAACUCGGACAAGAUCAACUGCUUCGACUUCAGCCCCAACGGCGAGACCGUCAUCUCCAGCAGCGACGAUGACUCCAUCGUGCUCUACGACUGCCAGGAGGGCAAACCAAAGAGAACACUAUACAGUAAAAAGUAUGGAGUGGAUCUCAUCAGAUACACACAUGCUGCCAACACUGUGGUGUACAGUUCCAAUAAAAUAGAUGAUACAAUCAGAUAUCUUUCGCUGCAUGACAAUAAAUACAUCAGAUACUUUCCAGGACACAGUAAGAGAGUUGUUGCUCUCUCCAUGUCUCCAGUGGAUGAUACCUUUAUUUCUGGGUCACUUGAUAAAACAAUCAGGCUUUGGGAUCUUCGGUCUCCAAAUUGCCAGGGUUUGAUGCAUCCUCAAGGGAAGCCUGUGUGUUCAUUUGAUCCAGAGGGCUUGAUUUUUGCAGCUGGGGUCAACUCUGAAAUGGUUAAACUUUAUGAUCUUCGCUCUUUUGACAAGGGCCCAUUUGCUACCUUUAAAAUGCAGUAUGAUCGAACCUGUGAGUGGACUGGAUUGAAGUUCAGUAAUGACGGCAAACUUGUUCUUAUAUCAACUAGUGGAGGGUUCAUCCGACUCAUUGAUGCCUUUAAAGGAGCUGUUCUUCAUACAUUUGCGGGGUACAACAACAGUAAAGCUGUCACCCUGGAGGCUUCAUUCACUCCGGACUCCCAGUUUAUAAUGAUUGGUUCAGAGGAUGGUAAGAUCCAUGUCUGGAAUGGAGAGACAGGAAUGAAAGUAGCCGUGUUGGAUGGAAAACACACAGGACCCAUCACUUGUUUGCAGUUUAAUCCCAAGUUUAUGACUUUUGCCAGCGCAUGCUCCAAUAUGGCCUUUUGGUUACCGACAAUCGAUGACUAGUUCUGCUUUCAUCCAUGCUGAGGUGCAACGUAUUUUUGAAGAUCAUAAUAGAAGUAUUGGGUUUGCAUUGCUUUGACUGAAUGUUCCCAUCCAGCAUAUCCCUAUGGUUGAGUAUGCCAAGCUCCUUGCUGCAUUUCCUCAAAAGAAACUUCAUUUGACUCUGUACUUCCUGGUCUGGGAACUUGAGUACUUUCAGUCCCUUCUGCUUGUAAUUGAGUGUUGUUGCUUCUUGUCAGUUCCUGAGACCCUGGACUUGUUUGGAAAUGAGCUUUGCAGCAUGUUCUCUCCAGUGUGAAAUCUCUACAGUAUCUAUAUAGCACACUCUUAGUAAACACUUCUUUGUGCCAUAUAUACACAGAUAACCACCCAGCUGCUGGGGGAAACCUCUUCAGCUGUCUGUCCCUGCACGUAUGCAAAGAGGGCUUUUGUUUGCACAAUGGCAUCAGUGCCGAUGAGUUUAGAGCUUCCAGAAGAUCACAUAGAAGCCUUUGCCGUGGCAGCAUCUCGGGCAUGAAGGGCACUUGGAGUGUUCUGGUGGGUAAUCCUAAGCAAUAAAGGAGUCUUUCACAUGCUCUGAAAUGAACUGAAUGGAAGUACACUCCCUGCACACCUUCCUUCUGUGUUGUUAGUUGAUUCUGUAAAUAUGGGGAAGGAGGGUGGAUAGGGCAUUGUAUCUUUUUUUUUUUUUUUUUACUGUUGGAUAUUAAAAUAAUGUUUGGACCAAUA